AUGCGGCGGCUACCGCUGCGACUCCUGCGCUCCGCGGCGGCCGGAUCACUCCGGAGCCGCCCCGCCCCCUCACGUGGCGGCUGUCCUGCCACUCGACCGCCACAUCUGCCGGCGGAGGUAGCCGCCGCGCCGGCCGAGCUUGCCCGCUGGCUACCGCGGAGAGGGUACUCCCGGUUCGCGAGCGGAUUCACCCCCUUGGAGCCGAAGAAGCUGGGAUCCAUCCUCGACGUCGAGCGCGCCAAGGGCCUCUCCCCCGAACACCUCGUCGCGGCAUGGGAUGACUACCACUUGGGAAGAGGUCACAUAGGUGUAUCAAUGAAAGCAAAGCUUUACUGUCUUUUGGAACAAAGAUCGGCUACAUGCCCAUAUUUUGUUAUUCCUUUGUGGAGAGGAAGUGGAUAUACCACCAUGUUUAUGCAAGUCCAGCUGCCACACAUGAUCUUCACAGGGCUUGAAGACUAUAAAGCAAGAGGAACUCAAGCAAGCCCUUACUAUACAGUCACUCAUUUCACAGAGUUUGCAGAAACCAAGGAUACAGUGCUUGUCCGAGGAGACGUUGUCUUCACCAGCAAACUAACCGAUGCAGAGGCAAAGUGUCUUUUAGAGACCGCCCACUCGUUCUACCUGAACGAUGUGCGGUACAAGCUCGUGGAGCGUUUCAACAAGGAAACACACGAUUUCGAGUUCAAAGACGUCCUUCAGGCGCUUGAAAUGCCGUCCAUGUGA